AUGGGUAUUCAUAAAGCUCAUGAUAUGUUGGCCUUGCGUACAUCGUCCUGGGUGAAAAAAUCUAUUUAUAUUUCCUCGGGUUCAAGCAAGCCCUCAGCUCCAGAGUCUAUAGGAUCAGUCACAUAUUCCCUUAAAGAUGCAUCAACCUCGUCAGAUGAUUUGAUAUCUGCUAAAAUGUCUCUGUUUAAAGAAGUCAGUAAUAAAUCUUCUAUAACAGUACAUGAUUCGGAUGGAUCUUCGAUGUUCAGUGAUGAUAAUAAUGUUCCCACUCCAGAUUGGGACGUUGUUGAAGCUAAUGGUGAUGGACACUCAGAAUCAGCUCGGGUUCCUCAAGCUGAUCUGGAUAUGACGAUCCAAGAACCUCCUGUUCCUAGCGGGGAUCUAUCUGAUAUGCAUAUCUCGGAGCCGUUACUAGAAUCUCUUACUCCUGAUACCUUAUGCGAUGCAUCUCCCUCGAAUCAGCAAAAUGACCAGCAUAAUUCCAUAGACACGAAUACCCGUUCCUCCACAUCACUUCCUGAUUCUAAUCUGGAUGACCAUCCUCGUAUGGAUUCCACUCAACGACCGUUUGAAAUAAACCUUAUCGCAGGUAAUCUGCCGGUCUUUGAAAGUGCUCGUCAAGCUGUCAAUCUUGUUGAUGAUAUAACGAUCCAGGGGCUUGGCCUUUCUUCACCACCGCCUUCAGUCAGCCCUACUCCUCUACUUCGAAUUAACAACCUUCAAUCUCUUCGUGAUAUGGGAUUCGAAGCUUCACGGGGUCAAUCUUUCCUCAAUCGUGUGCUGGACGAAGUCAAUGAUAAUCUUGCUUCAGCAACUGAUCGAUGUUUGUCUGGCAAUUAA